UUGUAGUCACUCCCUCAACUCAAAUUCUGAAUCUCCGAAGACUCUGCUCACUGCGGUAGACUAAAAAAUUAAGGAACUUUCCUUAUUGGAACUAUCCCACAGUUGUUGUGAUUUGAUUUGAGACCGACAACUCUGUAUAUGUAUAUAGUAUUAUUAUUUAACAUUAAUCAUUUGAUCAGAUGGUUUUCAUCGUCGUUUGACCAUCAAAUCCUUUCUUCUCCAUAGAUCUAAUUAGCUUGAUAUCAAUUCAAUUCCUUCCAAAUCUUUAAGCUCUCAUCAAUGGUGGAUCCUCAUCUACUUCCAGAACCAUCGAAACCCCAGAACCAAACCCCUCUUCUAACCAACCCCACAGACCAAACCCAACAACAACAACAAAAGCAAGAACAAAACCCAGAACCAGAUUGCGAUACCCAUCUCGAUAAAACCCUCCAAAGACUCGAAUCGUUUCUCUCUCUUCUGGGUUUCAAUCAGUCCUCUGUUCUGAGCUUUGUGCUCUCGUGGGUCGCGUUUUUGCUGAUCGGCGUUGCUCUUCCUGUGAUUGCGCUUGAGGUUUCGGACUGUUCGGGCUGUGAAGCUUACCAAAUCAAGGAUUUCGAGCUCGAGAUCGUUGUUUCGCAGGCGUGUUUGGCUGCUGUGUCUCUGCUUUGCCUCUCUCACAAUCUGCGCAAGUAUGGUAUUCGGAAGUUUCUCUUUGUUGAUCGGUACAGUGGUCAAAUGGCUCGGUUUCGCGACGAGUACAUUCGAAAGGUUUUGGAUACAGCCCACUAUCUUGUAUGGUGGAUACUGCCAUGUUUCAUUCUGAAGACUGCACGUGAAAUCGCCCGCAUUUUAUAUGGUCCUCAUGAGUCAUGGUGGCUAUCUGUUGCUAUUUUAUUAGCUUUGAUCAUAUCAUGGAUUUACGUAACUACAAUCUAUCUUUUUGCUUGCAUUUUGUUCCAUUUGGUCUGCAACUUGCAAAUUAUUCACUUUGAUGAUUAUGGGAAGUGCUUAGAAAAAGAAUCUGAUGUUAUGGUGCUUAUAGAGGAGCACAUUCGUCUGCGUCAUCACCUCUCUAAAAUAAGCCAUAGAUUCCGAAUAUAUCUUCUUUUGGUGUUCCUGGUUGUCACCGCAAGCCAGUUUGUGACCCUAUUCCAGAGCACAGGUUAUAGUGGACCAAUUACUUUUACAAAUGGUGGUGAUUUUGCUGUCUCAUCAGUUGUUCAGGUUGUGGGCAUAAUUCUUUGCUUAAAUGCGGCAGCCAAAAUUUCCCAUAGAGCACAGGGCGUUGCAUCGCUAGCAAGUAGAUGGCACGCUGCGGUGACAUGCAGUUCUCCUGAUGCAUCUCAGUUGAGUGUUUCAAAUAGUGUGGGAAGCUUGGAGGCUGCCAAUGCAUUGCGCUCAUUAUAUAUAGUUAACUCGGAAAGUGAUUUGGAGUCACUAGAUUAUAUUCCAAGGCCUACAAAUACACAAUUGGCUUCUUAUAUGUCCUCAUACCACAAGAGACAAUCCUUCGUGAUGUACUUGCAGACCAAUCCUGGCGGUAUCACAAUAUUUGGAUGGACAGUUGACCGUGGUCUUAUCAAUACAAUAUUCUUUAUUCAACUCUCAUUAGUACUCUUUGUACUCGGGAAGACCAUAGUUUUAGCUUCAGAAUGACUAAUUCUUUCUCUCAUAUCUGCCACAAAAGAACCUCCAUUCAAAAUCGUGUUUCUGAUCAGACCAAUUCACAAGGUAAGAUCAUUGAUCUACUUCCAUGUUAUGUUCACGGCUUGGGCUACCAGAUUGAGAUCAUUCCAAAACAUUCUUCACUUCCACCUUUUGAUCACUCCCCAUGACAAUCAUCAGAAAAGAUGCUCGCCUUUGAUACUUAAUGCCUUCGUUGAAAACUCCGAUGAGCGCGGGGGGAGGGGGGUGUAUAGCUAAUUAUUUAGGUCACCCUAUGCUUUUUACUUGUUUGAGUUGUAUUGUAAAUAGUACACGAUGGAGGUUUACUAGUAAAUAUCGAUUCCUUUGAAGUUAAGGGACAAAGUAAAUGUAUACAUUUGGUGGGUAUGGAAAGAUAUUUAACCGUGUAUUUUGUUUAUUAAAAUAGUUGUCAUGACUGGAAACUUCCAACCUUGGAGACAACAUUUGUAGAAA